AUGUUUGGUGAUGAAAAUAGAAACAGCUUGCUGGCAACAGUUAUAUUUCGUCCAUUAUAUAUGAGAAAAUGGUUGGAUUAUUUAAAAUCAGCUAGUAAUGAUGUAAACGACAGUAAUUCUGCUUGUGUUAAUGUGGCAGCAAGUGGACAAAAUGAUGAUGAGAGCACGUUUUCCUCAUCUUAUAUGUUCAAAAGAUUGAAAGAAUUUUGCACCGAUGAAAAUAUUAAUUUCGAGAAGUGGAUAACGUUAAAGAGCAUGAAAGGAGCAUUUUUUGGUCAAACUGUACUUAGUGUAAUCACGGGAGCAAUUUUAGCAAAAGCUAAUCAACAAAACAUGAGAAGUUUUCCUGAUAGUAACAUCAGUAAUGGAUUGAGGAAGUGUUUAACGAAAAGCAUUUUUAGCGGCGCUGCUAUGGCCGUCAACAUUGGAUUCAUAAUGAUUUCUAUAACAGAAUUUGCAAGAUGGCGUGAGUAUUUUUCAAUUUGGACUGUUCCAUGUGCUACGACUGUUAUUCCAGCUAUUCUCAGUUAUUCAUUGAGUGUGAAACCCCUACAAGCGAUACAAAGUGGACUAAUGUUAGGGGUGUUGUCGUCGUUGGCAAUUUUUAGUGCUUCUCUGUUUUACGAUUUAUCAACCGAUGAGAUAUAUCAAUGUGUUAAGAAUAACAUUGAAAUCGAAUUGAAGAAAGAAAGAGAAAGCGAAUUGUACAGAUUUAUGAAAGAGCAUCAUAUUCGGAGUAAAUGGUUUGGAAAGUGGAUGUUGAAUAGAAGUCGUGUAGAUGAUGAUAUUGAUGAUGAUUUAUUUUGA